AUGGAAACAAGUACAAUUGCUGAUUAUUCAUCUCAAUUUCGAGAUCCUAAUAGUUCAACUGGUGCAACAAUUAAACCGUUUGUUGCUAUGGCUCCAUGUGGAGGACCUAUUGCUUUUGUAUAUAAAAGACUUGGAAUAGGACCAAAUGAUGUUAAAUAUACAAUUAUUAUACAAAAUUUACCUAAACAUAAUGUUAAAUUAAAAGAAUUUGAUCGAGGUAUACUUAUACUUGUUGAUUGGACAAUUAAUGAAGAUUUAUUAUUGGUAACUGAAGAUGGUAAAUAUCAUAUUAUUGAUAUAUUUCAUUAUAAUACAAGUAAUGAUAAAACAAUUACACUUAGUGAGUCUGUAUCAACAAUAAGCAGUGCAUGUACAUUCAAAACAAAUUCAGGAACAGGAUUAGUAGCAUUACGAAAAAAUCAAGAAGGUUUUGUAGCAGUAAAAAAUGUUUAUAUUCCAAUUAUUCAAACAAUAUCACUCAGUCUAGCUGCUCUUACAAUAAUAUCAGCAUGGUGUGUCAUUGAUCAUGCUGAUAUAACAAUUGCUUAUGCUUAUGAAAAUAAUAUAGCAACAUGUAGUGCGACAUCAUCAAGACGAGAUACACAAACUAUUCCUGGUAUAACUGAUACAAUUAUUAAAUUAGUAUCAAGUAGUAAUUAUAAAAAUAUUGCUAUGUUAAAAAAUAAUGGUGAUGUAUUAAUUGGAUCAAAAGAUAAUUUUGGACAACCACAAGUAUUUACAUUAAAAUAUACAAGUAAUAAUGAUCCAAAUAAAAUAACUGAUAUUAUUUGGUGUGCAUCAGAUACUGUUAUUGGUAUUCGAUCAAGUUCAAGAACUUGGUUUGAUUUACUUAUUAUUAAUGGAAAACAUUCACAACCAAUGACUGAAAAAAGUCGACAAGCAAUUACUAAUGAUACUCUUUGUUAUACAUCACCUGUAUGGUUAUCAACUGAAAUCGAUGGUAUUCGAAUAAUAUCUGGUCGAACACUUGAUUUUUUUCAACGUUUACCAGAUGAAGUUUUUAAUGUUUUUGAUCUUCUAUCGAGUACUCCAGGUGCAAAACUUUAUUCAGCUUAUAUGGAUUAUAAAUAUGAAAAUCAAAUGUCUGAAAUGUUACUUAAUCAAUUAAAAUCAUCUCGAUCAACAAAUGGACUUGAAGAAGCUGUUAAAGAAUGUAUAUCAGCUGCAUCAAAUGAACAUGAUCCAUCUAUUCAAAAAAUUUUACUUAAAGCCGCACUUUUUGGUCGUGCAUUUUUAUGUGUUAAUUUGAAUAAUCCAAAAAAUUCUAUUCGUCCAACUGUAUCAUUAAUUAAUGAUUUAUGUACAAAUGUAAUUCGUGAUUUACGUUUAAUUAAUAAUUUACAACAUAUUAAUAUAUCCAUGCCAAUUACAUAUAAACAAUUUGAAUUAAUUGGUUCACGUAUUCUUAUUGAUCGUUUACUUCGUCGUAAUUUACAUGAAUUUGCUACAAGUGUAACAAAAUUAUUACGCAUGCCUCCUGAAGAAGGAGAAAAUCGUAUUUUAGUACAAUGGGCUGUUCAAGAACUUGUUAAUCCUUCGAAUACAAAUGAAGAAGCUAUUGCAGAUACAAUUAAAACACGUCUUUCUGGUAUACCUGGUAUACCAUUUAUUGAUAUUAUUGAAGAAGCAUUUAAAUUAAAAAAAUAUACUGUUGUCAGACGAUUACUUGAUGUUAAAAUUAGCUUAAGUGCUCAAAUUGAUAUAUUAUUAAAGUUAAAUGAUAAAGAAGAAGCUUUACAAAAAGCAUUAUCUUGUGGUGAUACUGAUUUAGCUCUUUUUGUCCUUAUGCGUAUUAAAGCAAGUGAACCUUUAAGUGAUUAUAUGCUUCGAUUACAACGAUUGAAAUCUUUACCAUUAAAAUUACAUUUACAAUGUUUGGAAGAACUUGAACGAAAUAAUUUUCAUGCUGAAUUAAUUAAACGAAAUCCUGACGAACGAGAACGUAUUGCUUAUUCAUAUAUUAUUCAACGAUUUUCAACAGCACUGACAACAUCAGAUCAAAAAGUUGAAUUAACAAGUGCAUCAAAAUUAUUUCGUGAAGCUAAAAAUGAAACAGUUGCUCAAUUAGUUGAUGAUGAAGCUCGUUUAAUAGCUAAACAAGAUGAACUUGAAAAAAAAUUAUAUAAUGUACAAUUAAAAGGUUUAUCAUUAGUUGAUACACUUGAAAUAUUAUUAAUUAAUUUUGAAAAAGAUGCAGAUACAUUACGAAAAGAUUUUAAUGUUAAUGAUAAAAGAUAUUGGUGGAUUAAAAUUCAAGCAUAUGCAAAAAAAAAUGCUUGGACACAAUUACUUGAAUUUGGAAAAAAACCAACAUCACCUAUUGGAUAUGAACCAUUUGUUGAUGUAUGUAUUCGAUCUCAAAAACUUGAUGAAGCUCGUCGUUUUGCUGAUCGAUCUAUUUAUUCAUCAAAACUUGAUGAUGAACGUCUUCCAUUUAUCUUUGCCAAAGUUCAAAUGGUUGAUGAAGCAAUAAAUUCAGCAAUAAAAUUAAAAUCAAUUGAAGCUUUAAAUUUUAUAGAAGCAAAAUGUCAUCUAAGUGAAGUAAAUUUAACAAAAAUUCGUCAAUCAAGAGAUAAAAUUCAAGAUUAUGAUGAUAAUCCAUUAAAAAAUGUAUUUAAAAUAUUUAAUCGUGGAAAUCGAGCUGAUGAAUAA